CUAAUUAAUAGCCAAGCGGCCAACGGAACGCGGCGUAUCCCCAAAACAGACGAGCGCGAAUCGUUGAAAUCGGCACUGAAUUUUGGAAAUAUUAUUUUGAUUUUUUGAGAACUCCGGCUAAUAAUAAACAGCUUCAAAAUGGUGGUCAACUUCAAGGUGUUUAAGAAGUGUUCUCCGAACAACAUGAUCACCCUCUACAUGAACAGGCGGGAGUUUGUGGACUCCGUCACGCAGGUGGAGCCCAUUGAUGGAAUCGUGGUGCUGGACGACGAGUACGUGCGCCAGAACCGCAAGAUCUUCGUGCAGCUGGUUUGCAACUUCCGUUACGGUCGAGAGGAUGACGAGAUGAUUGGCCUGCGGUUCCAGAAGGAGCUGACUUUGGUCUCCCAGCAGGUGUGCCCGCCCCAAAAGCAGGACAUCCAGCUGACCAAGAUGCAGGAGCGACUGCUGAAGAAGCUGGGCUCCAACGCCUACCCCUUUGUGAUGCAGAUGUCGCCCAGCUCCCCGGCCUCCGUGGUGCUCCAGCAGCGGGCCAGCGACGAGAGCCAGCCCUGUGGUGUCCAGUACUUCGUGAAGAUCUUCACCGGGGACAGCGAUUGCGACCGGUCGCAUCGCCGCAGCACCAUCAACCUGGGCAUCCGCAAGGUGCAGUACGCGCCCACCAAGCAGGGCAUCCAGCCCUGCACCGUCGUCCGCAAGGACUUCCUUCUGUCGCCCGGCGAGCUUGAGCUGGAGGUCACCCUGGACAAGCAGCUCUACCACCACGGCGAGAAGAUAGCCGUCAACAUCUGUGUGCGCAACAACUCGAACAAGGUGGUCAAGAAGGUCAAGGCCAUGGUACAGCAGGGCGUCGACGUGGUGCUCUUCCAGAACGGUCAGUUCCGCAACACGAUCGCCUUCAUGGAGACCAGUGAGGGCUGCCCCCUGAACCCGGGAUCCAGCCUUCAAAAGGUUAUGUAUCUGGUGCCCACUUUGGUGGCCAACUGCGACAGGGCAGGCAUCGCCGUCGAGGGAGAUAUCAAGCGCAAGGACACAGCUCUGGCCUCGACCACACUCAUUGCCAGCCAGGAUGCCAGGGAUGCCUUCGGCAUUAUCGUAUCCUAUGCUGUCAAAGUCAAGCUCUUCCUGGGAGCUUUGGGCGGUGAACUUUGCGCCGAGUUGCCCUUCAUUCUGAUGCAUCCUAAGCCAAGCCGCAAGGCUCAGUUGGAAGCCGAGGGCUCCAUCGAGGCUUAAUUUGGAAAUGGCUACCUCAACAAAAUGACCAAAUGGCUUGUUUCUCCGCUGAUGUCCAACUGAUGUUGGUGGACCUAUUAAAUUAAAACAAAAACUAUGCUGAUGUUGCUGAAUUGUUCUGAACUGCAGUCGUCGUACUCUUCCUAUAUAUCAAGUCCAAUAUCCAUAUAUGUGUGUAUGUGUAUUAUACUAUAACUCAACGAGAAUUAAAUAUGUAACGGAUA